CGCUUGUGUACAAGUAAGAGAAGUCGCUGCGGGGUAGGAAGUGUAGUGCGAGAUGUCGGUAGAAGAAACGUCCGCAGAAGUGUCUGGAGGGCAGGAGGAGUUUAGAGAGAAAGAGGAGACCGAUGGCGAGCCGGAACUCGAGUUUUAUGGAGAAGGUCAGUCAAAAGGAGGAUAUGUCUUUUACAGAGACCGAAAGGAAUGGGCAGACAUUGAACCUGUUCCCCAGGAUGAUGGCCCCAGUCCCGUGGUGAAGAUCGCGUAUUCGGAAAAGUUCACAGAUGUGUACAACUACUUCCGAGCCGUGCUGAAGAAUGAUGAAAAAAGUGAAAGAGCGUUCAGCCUGACAGCAGAAGCAAUAGAACUAAAUGCUGCAAAUUACACAGUAUGGCACUACCGCCGAGUCUUGCUGCAGGCUCUGCACAAAGACUUACGAGAGGAGAUGAAGUACAUCACAGCUAUCAUUGAGGACCAGCCUAAGAACUACCAAGUAUGGCACCACAGGCGCAUGGUGGUAGAGUGGCUGAACGACCCCUCUGAGGAACUAGACUUCAUUGCAGACAUCCUCAGCCAGGAUGCCAAGAACUACCAUGCCUGGCAGCACCGACAGUGGGUCAUCCAGGCUUAUAACCUGUGGGACGGUGAACUGGAGUACGUGGAGCAGCUCCUGGAAGAAGACGUGCGGAACAACUCGGCCUGGAACCAGAGACAUUUUGUGAUCUCCCACACCACAGGCUACUCAGAGCCAGCAGUGCUGGACAGAGAAGUGCAGUACACUAUAGAACAGGUCAGAAAGGCUCCUCAUAAUGAAAGCGCAUGGAAUUAUUUAAAAGGGAUCCUGCAGGACCGAGGCAUCUCCGCAUACACGGGCCUGCUGGAGCAGGUGCAGGAGCUGCAGAAAGCCAACAGCUCACCCUAUUUGAUGGCAUUUCUGGUGGACAUCUAUGAGGACAUGUUGGAGAGUGGUGGUACCAGCCAGGAGGACACACUCAACAAGGUGAUAGAGCUCUGUGAACUCCUGGCCAGGGAGAAGGACACUAUCCGUCGAGAAUACUGGCGCUACGUGGCCUGUUCCCUGCAAAACAAGUUUGGCACCAGUAGGGGUGCUGCUGUCCCUCCGUCUGAUGAGCCCAAGGAGAAAGCCAGUGAUGACUAAGGGGUGUUGCCCAGCCCACCCUGCCUCCUCUCAGCCCUGCCCUGGCCCCACUCUCGCAGUGGGAAUGUAGCAAGGUGCUUUAGUAUCAACUGACCCUUUGAACAGAUAAUGUUCCAUCCUUACCACCCUGGAAAUACCCUAACCACCUAUGUGCUGGAAGGGGCAAACUAAAGUAUUGAUGAUAAUAAAUCAACCUCUGCUCAAUUCAGACAAGAAGAUUUCAACAAAUCCAGAGCUGUUAAUCAGAAGUAACAAAAUGAUCAGUUUUAGCCCAGUUGCUUUAGGUUGUUGGUAGGGGGUGUCUUAAAUUGAAAGGGAUGCAAAUGGCAGCAGGCUUUCAAACUGGUCAGAGCAAAUGUCACUAUUGUGGUUUCAGUUCAUCCUGAUCACAGACUCUAAAAUAGGGCUCUAAUUUAUAGACCAAAAUAUUGUCAACCGAAUGUGUAAACAAACCGCACUGCUUAGACCAUGUCUUUUGUAUGUUA